AUGUCAAUUUCACCGUCCAGCCGUGAUAUAGUAUUAGCGGCGCGUAAAGGUCUUUUCAUUAUUGAUCUCGAGAACCCGUAUGAACCGCCUCGUGAGCUUCAUCAUCUGACUAAAUGGGAGGUUGCAGAUGUACAAUGGAAUCCGCAUCGUGAUAAAUGGGUUGCUUCUACAUCGAACCAAAAAGGACUGAUAUGGAACUUGAACCUCCCAUCUUCUAAUGCCGUUGAACAUAUACUUCAUGGACAUUGUCGAGCCAUCAGUGAUAUAAAUUGGCAUCCUUUUAACCCGGAUGAAGUCGCAACUUGUUCUGUGGACACGUAUGUUCACUUAUGGGAUUUAAGAACUCCGGAAACACCGAAAGGCUCAGAUUUUGUUACUAAAAUCACAGCACAUGACACAAAAAUCUAUGGAAUUGACUGGAGCAGAAAUAAUGAUAAAAAUAUUAUUUCUUGUAGUUUAGACAAGUUAGUUAAGAUUUGGAACAUUUAUGAGCCAGAUAAUUGCAUAGGAUUCAUUCGAACUAACUCUCCUGUAUGGCGUGCAAGACAUACGCCAGUUGGUCAUGGUAUCCUGACAAUGCCUCAACGUUCAGAGACAACGCUGUAUCUUUGGAAUAUGGAACAAACCACCAGCCCUGUGGAAACGUUUUCGGGACAUGAAGAUGUAGUCAAAGAGUUUGUAUGGAGAACUAAAUUUGGUAGCAAUCCUGAGAUUGAUGAUAGAGAAUUUCAACUAAUUACAUGGUCUAAAGAUCGACACUUGCGGCUGUGGCCAAUAAGUGAUAAGCAACUAAAGUUAAUAGGUCAUGAACGGGGGUUGCCAUCCGAAAAAUUACCAUUGGCAGAGAAUUCUAAGUUUACAUUUCGGGAUCCACCGUCUGGUAGCCGUUUGGCAUCCUCAGCAUUUACAGCGUCUACUACCACUUCCAAGUUGCGAGUUUUCCCUGGAAAUUAUAUUAGUACGACUGCAAGGCUGCGUCCUUCUGGUGCUUCUACUGGUGGUAGUAAUAUAAAAGGGUAUAUGGGUGCUGCUGCUGGAAUACAUCGAGCUGAGCGUCGUACCGUUUCUCCACUUCUGUGGAUGCAAAAUGUAAGGAUGGUCAAAUCCAGCGGAGAAGGUCAUACUGAUAAGGGUGUCCCGGCCAAUAUGCACGAAGAAAUGGUUGAAAUUUCACGAAAAUUCCCAAACGUAAAGGUUACUAAGUUGAACGCAGGAAAUUACAAUAUAAGUUUAAAAGGUCCAUGGUCUGAGAGCGGCUUUGCGUUCAUUAAGCUAAAAAUAGAGUUUCCUCCGCAAUACCCUGAUAAAGCUGCACCAAUUUUUGAAAUUCACAAAACUGGCAUGAUAUCUAUACUGAAUCGAACGCAUAUGUCACAGAUCUUAAAGCGCAUUGCUAUUAAUCAUGUAUCUGAAAAGAGACCUUGUAUGGAAACCUGUAUACGUUACUUACUUGGUGAGCAAGUUCAGUACGGUGAUGGACAAGAUCGAUAUGGAAGAGAAGAUUCUGAUGAAGAAAAUUUUAUAAAUUUUAAUAGAAGGACGUCAUAUGAUAAAACCCUAACACUAUUGCUUGGGGAUAAGGAUGAUCAUAACAUUCCUUUUCCAGUAAUAUGCGGCGCACGGUUUUCAAUAAAUGGACAAUUAGUAUGUUUCUUCUCGAAUCUCCGAUCCCCGGAUGUUAGUCAUUCAAUUACACAAGUCGAAUCUAAUAAUGCAGCAGGAUCUAAUCGAAACAUACAUACUAGCAGUUACACCUACACACACCCUCGAUCUUAUGAUUCAUGGGAGCAGUACAAAAUGAUUGCACGACUCCCGAGGCCUGUAACGCAUUAUGUUGAUGAUGAUGGUGUUCCGUUUUAUGAAGGUGAUGAGGAUUACAUACAUUCAUAUUACUAUAAGUCAAAGAGUGAAUUGCAUGAUGCGUUAGAUUCUUCUGACCACGUCGCAUUGUUCAAGUCAAAUAAAUUGGAUAGGAAAUGCCCUGAGAUCCUUAUAUUUAAUUUAUCAGAACUGAUGCCUGUUGCUGCAGACAACAAUCGACCAGAUUUAGAACAAGCUUGGCAUCUGGCUUCUUUAAUUUUAACUCAAAUUAUUCACAAUAAACGUAUGUCAUCCGAACGUUUAUUAUUACCAUUAGGAAUGCAAUCAAAAUACGUAAGCAAAAGAAGGCUUAGUAAUAAUAGUUAUGAGGAUGGAUUUCCAAGCUUAUUUGGAAGAGUGAAUUGGGGAUUCCAUCCAUUGGGAAGAAAUAUUGUGCAGAAUCUGUUUAAUCACUUUGCUGAGUUAGGAGACAUCCAAAUGUUUGCUAUGUUAACUUGUGUAUUUCGGGAACCGUUUCCUCCACAAAAGAAGUUUGCUUGGUCGCAUGAACUUCAUUCCAGAAUUAUUCCAGAUCCGUUAAACUCUACGAUGUCACACAAUACGAAUUAUUUUAAUAAUUAUCCUCGAUAUAAUGAAAAUUAUUCAAUACCAAAUUUUGUUCGUAAUCAUUACCAAUAUGGUUACCAAACAAUAUCUACAACAUUUGGGCAAAUAUUUAGCGAAUCUAAUUCUUCCAAGGGUUCAUUGGGCGUAAUUAACAAUCCGAUUGAUUCAAGCAGUAAUAUAACUAUAUCCGCAACACCGCCCACGCCAUCGACCCUUACUUAUGGAAAUACUGAUGAUUCUGGUGGUCCGAUAAUGAUACCUUCGUCUAGUCAAUCUUUACAUCAUCAGAGGAGAUCUACAUUCGGUGGAACGUCAAAAGAAUCAAAUCAUUUUUCUUCAAGUUUUAGUACUACUGCAUCUUCACCACGAUUGCUAAGAAAAGGUAGUCCUGCUGCUAAUAGUUACCGGUUGGAUAAUUUUGGAUUUAGUUCGAAUGGAUAUUAUGGGGAUAGAUUUAUGGAUGUUGAAAAAAAAAUAGAAAAAAAGAGUUCCGAUGUGAACUUAAUCAUGAUGAAUUGCGGUGAAUUCGAUGAUGAAAGAAAUCCACAAACUGUUACAUUGUUGGAUGAUGAUAGGUCAACGACAGCAUUGCAUGAUCAAUAUCGUUUAGCAUAUGCUGAAAUAUUAUAUCAUUGGGGUCUUUAUGAAGCACGUGCUGAGCUUUUGAAGUUUAUGAGUUUCGUCAAAACUACAGUGGGAAGCCCUCUUGGUGAGCAACAGCAGCCUUUAGAGAUUGGAAUACACUGCCAUCAAUGUGGGGCUGAAAUAAAAGCAGGUUCAGAGUGUGGAAACUGUCAACGCAAAAGAAUUGGCAUAAAAUGCUCGGUUUGUCAUCGAUUUGUCAAAGGAUUAACAAAUUUUUGUAUUAUGUGCAAACAUGGAGGGCAUACAUCUCAUUUACGUGAAUGGUUUGAGUCAGAAAGUGAUGAAUGUCCUACGGGAUGUGGAUGCCGUUGUAUGUCGGAAAACGGAGGGUUCAAGUGUUCUAAUUAA